CCACGUUAGAGGAGAAGGGCAGGUAUUGUCUUAGGACUGGGUUUUUUUUUUUUAAAUUGUACCCCUUCUGUCGGGAGGUUUCAGUUGAAGUACCCUUUACAGUUUUCGCUCACUGAAUGGCACCAGUUGCAGUGAAAGGCAGAAUAAUUUGAUUAACACAUUGUUUCCCAUUUAUUUAAUGUAUUGUACUGGUGUAUCUGGUCCGCAGCAGGAAUAAAUGGAGGCAGCACAGGAUGCAGUUUAAAGCAGUGUAAACUGCUGUUUUUAUUGAAGCGCUGGAACAGCAGGCUAAUGGACGCUCUGUCAUAAAAUGGUUUAGCUCUGAUAGCCAGCUCCAGGACACACUCUCACACAACUACACAACACGAACCUGAGCUGCACACAGGCAGCUCCUAAAUACGGUCAUGGUCCAAUCGCUCAGAUCCUCGGUCCUGCGCAAACAGGUGGCUGGCGGAACUGAACACAAAUCACAGUGCAGCCAACACAGACCCUCUCAUACAGCUGCACUGUGCACGUGACACCCCAGGCACCUCACACAAACAGCGGAGAAGACAGGACAGCACACACACACACACACACACACACACACACACACACAGAGCAAUACACUAACAGCUGCAUCUGCGGUUCACUUUGAACUGCUAAACAAAGAUGAAAAAAUUAUACACGGUGUUUUAGAGAAUAUAUAAUACUGUUAAAAAACCAUUCUUUUCUUUUACUUUCAUUUUGAUUUGUGUAUUUCUGAGUCGUCCUGCGUACCCCCUAUGACCCUUAGAAGCGGUACGUGUACCCCCGGUUGAAAACUCCUGCGUCAGAAAAUGGAUGGCAUUAGAAAUCAUUAUAAGAGAACAAAGAGAGACUAACAGCACGCAGGUGACAUCCAGGGAGGGGCUGACGUGUUGAGCGUGGAACUGCAAGAGAGGGGUUUAAAUAUGCAGUGCAGUCUAGUCUACACAGAUUACCUGUCGCUGUCCGUUUGAGCUGCCUAUUUACCCUGAAGAGAAGAAUUGAACGGUCAGAGCGAGUGACUAGAGCACUAGAGCCGUGCUGCACAUCCCACUGACAAUACCUGAAGACUGCCUUAUCUUGGUGAAAGUGAAGGAACAAAGAUGGAAUCUGUUUACAUUAAACAGGAGGAGGUUGUGGAACUGGCACCUAUCUGCAUUAAACAGGAGAUGCCUGAACUGGAGCCUGUCCACAUUAAAGAAGAAGAGACUGAACUGGAGCCUGUCCACAUUAAAGAAGAGACUGAACUGGAGCCUGUCCACAUUAAAGAAGAGACUGAACUGGAGCCUGUCCACAUGAAAGAAGAAGAGACUGAACUGGAGCCUGUCCACAUGAAAGAAGAAGAGACUGAACUGGAGCCUGUCCACAUGAAAGAAGAAGAGACUGAACUGGAGCCUGUCCACAUUAAAGAAGAGACUGAACUGGAGCCUGUCCACAUGAAAGAAGAAGAGACUGAACUGGAGCCUGUCCACAUGAAAGAAGAAGAGACUGAACUGGAGCCUGUCCACAUUAAAGAAGAGACUGAACUGGAGCCUGUCCACAUUAAAGAAGAGACUGAACUGGAGCCUGUCCACAUUAAACAAGAGGAGACUGAACUGGAGCCUGUCCACAUUAAAGAAAAGACUGAACUGGAGUCUUUCUGCAUUGAAGAGGAGUCUAUUGACUUGCUGUUUAAGGAUUCAGAAAACAUAUCCCUGCCAAAGAUAUCACAUCAAUGUACUGAAUGUGGGAAGAACUUCAGUCAGUUAAGAAGCCUAAAAAGACACCAGAGAAUUCAUACUGGAGAGAAGCUGCAUCACUGCAGUGACUGUGGGAAGAGCUUCAGUCAGUCAGGACACCUAAAAUCACACCAGCGAACUCACACUGGAGAGAAGCCGCAUCACUGUUCUGACUGUGGGAAGAGCUUCAUUCGGUUAGGAAGCCUAAAACAACACCAGCGAAUUCACACUGGAGAGAAGCCAUAUCGCUGUUCUGAAUGUGGAGAUUGCUUCAGUAUGUCAGGAAGCCUAAAAAGACACCAGCGAAUUCACAGUGGAAAGAAGCCGUAUCAUUGUGUUAAAUGUGGGAAGAGUUUCAGUCUGUCAGGAAACCUAAAAAGACACCAGAGAAUUCACGCUGGAGAGAGGCCGCAUCACUGCUCUGACUGUGGGAAGAGCUUCAGUCAGUUAGGACACCUAAAAUCACACCAGCAAACUCACACUGGAGAGAAGCCACAUCACUGCUUUGACUGUGGGAAGAGCUUCAGGCGGUAAGGAAGCUUAAAAAACACAGGUGAAUUCACACAGGAGAGAAGCUGUAUCACUGCCCUGAUGGUGGGAAGCGCUUCAUUCAGUUAGGAAGCCUAAAACAACACCAGCAAAUUCACACUGGAGAGAAGCCGUAUCACUGCACUAAAUGUGGGAAGAGUUUCAGUCUGUCAGGAAACCUAAAAACACACCAGCAAAUUCACAGUGGAAAGAAGCUGUAUCACUGUACAAAAUGUGGCAAUACAUUUGCUUUCUGUGGUUAAGUGAAAAGACAUAAAUACCAGUUUUGAAAAUGCAGAUGAAGCUGAUAGAAAUCAAUAUUCCAGGCAGUGUUACAAUGGUCCUUGUUUUCGGUCCUUCCAGUCCAGGUCUUUGCUUCAACCAGAUUGUAGAUUAAUGAAUCAACCUUCUUAUAAAUCAUUCAGGACCUAAUUGGAAGCGAGGGCCACUGCUUUAUACCAAUCAAAACUGAGUGUGAUGCUCCAGUGAUAUUUUUUGAAAGGAAUCCUGUCUAUGUGCCAGCCUAAGGGUGUUUAAUCAUGCUUUAGCAUAAAUGUGAGAAUGAGUGUGUGCCAAAGCAGCUGUGCUUGCAUUUCAAUCAGUAGUAUAAGUAGGCUAUGACUACCUGCAACCUUUAUGAAUUGUGUAUGAACCUGAAUAUGGUUAUUAUUAUGGGGGGUAUCAAUUUCAUUAAUAGGGGUAAUGAAUACUACAUGAAUAACAUCAUGAAUAAGGGCCGGCAUGACAACAUGAAUAGGCCACUGCGGUCGCGCAGACAUGGUUAAGGUUUGAAUGAAAGUCCUGUUUACAGUCGGUUUUACAAGCAGCUCAAAAGGGAGGUAACAUCCCACCAAUAUGCAUUUUUAUGUGUGGUCGGAUUGGCAGGCUCAUCAAACCAUGUGAAUGGGGUAGCAUUUGGCUGAAUACUUUUUGAGAUACAGAGUGGCAAAAAGCAGCAUUUUUUUUUAAUAUACCUGGAUCUCAAAAAG